AAGGCUGAAGGGUACGUGAUCGGUAGUUGUAUUAAACACAUUCCAAUUGCUGGUCGUGAUAUCACAUACUUCAUCCAGCAACUUUUGAGAGAUCGAGAGGUGGGAAUACCUCCAGAGCAGUCCUUGGAAACAGCAAAGGCUGUGAAGGAACGUUUUAGUUAUGUCUGCCCAGACUUGGUAAAAGAAUUCAACAAAUAUGACACAGAUGGCACAAAAUGGAUUAAACAGUAUACUGGAAUCAAUGCCAUCUCCAAGAAAGAAUUCACUAUUGAUGUAGGCUAUGAACGAUUUUUGGGCCCUGAAAUUUUCUUUCAUCCAGAGUUUGCAAACCCUGAUUUUACACAGCCCAUCUCUGAAGUAGUAGAUGAAGUCAUUCAGAACUGCCCCAUUGAUGUUAGACGUCCACUGUAUAAGAAUGUUGUUCUUUCUGGGGGUUCCACCAUGUUUAGAGAUUUUGGACGACGUUUACAAAGAGACUUGAAGCGGACAGUAGAUGCCAGACUUAAACUCAGCGAAGAAUUGAGUGGUGGAAAACUCAAGCCUAAACCAAUUGAUGUUCAAGUGAUUACGCACCACAUGCAGAGAUAUGCCGUUUGGUUUGGAGGGUCAAUGUUAGCAUCCACUCCGGAGUUCUACCAGGUAUGCCACACCAAAAAGGAUUAUGAGGAGAUUGGCCCCAGCAUUUGUCGCCAUAACCCUGUCUUUGGAGUCAUGUCUUAAGGCUGAUCUUGAUAUUGUAAGGGCUGAAGGGAGCCUUGCUUUUGGGGGCUGUUAUGUCUGAAUGACUGGUGCAUUAUAAAAAAUGGCUUGACUUUUAAAAAUGGAUGACCAAACAGUGUGUGGCUGGCUAAUUUAACAAUUGAGUGUCUUAAAAGGGGCUAUGUUGAAAAGCCAAAAUAUAAACUUUUUUCUUUUAUUAAACACUUUGGAUUAGUUUGUAAGAACAUUAUAGAAUGGUUUUAGAUCAGAUUAUGCCCUAAGAUAAUGCAUUUGUUGGUGGGAAACCCAAGACUGAUGGAAUUUGAGAGAACAGAAUGUCAGCUCUACCAUACUUGAAUUGUACACUUAAAUGUGUACAAUGCAAGAUCUUGUUAUAUUUCAUACUGAUUUUUUUAUACAUCAGGUGGGGAAAAUGAGAGAAUUAGGUUAUCUAUUAAGUAAAAUAAUAAGUGACAAGAAAACUAACAUUUAGUGAAAGAGUGUGAAUGUACUGGUCAAAUAGGAGCUGUACACAUCAGUUUAGAAAAAGAAUCAACACAAAAUGGAAUGAUUGCUGAGAACUUGAACCAGAGAUACAUUUACCCUUUAGUUAGUGUUGGAGGCUUCUUUUUACUUUUUGGAUGGUAUGUUUUACUGUUAGAACAUCUUGCUGCUAUGUCUGUAUAUAAUUAAAUUACAAACAUUUCAUCAAGCUCUGCUUCAACAGGUUGAAACUUUCUUAGCAGAGGAAGUGACUUUCGGCACUAACUGCUGGAAGGGUUAAAUUGUGAAUUUUCAUUUUUUAAACAUUUGGAUUUCUUAUUUGUGUACAGCAGUGACUAGUGUAUCUAUGCUCUUUCUUAAAAAAAAAACUCCAAAAGUCUAAACAAAAUUGUAUCAGCAUCUAAGAGGCUGUGAAACAGUUUGUAAAAGUCAUAUGACUUUGUUUAUUUGUGACUUCAGUCUAUCCCCAAAAGAAUAACAAACUGUUUUCUAAUAUCAAAUAUGGCUAACUCCGCAAGUGCUUUGGGAACUAAGGAACUAUUACUUAUUUGAACUAACAGAUGCCUGCUAGUGCUUUCUAAAUGCUGAAUGCAUUUCUUCUGUUUCUUCCUGCAAAAAAGGACUGGACCAGUAUUGUAGUUCUAGUACAUUUUGAUUUAAACCAAAUAAUCUAAUGAUCAAAGUGGUGUAUUUAAUGCCUUGCACCAUUCCAAUAAAGGCACAAAAUUCUUUUUAA